GGUCCCUCUGCGGCCCCUCCGUGGUCCUUUUACGGUCCCUCCGCGGCCCCUCCGUGGUCCCUCUACGGUCCUUCCACAGCCGCCCACAGCGCAUCCUCCUCCGGUUCUUAUGAGCGCGGCGUUCGCUCCGUCCUUCAUGGUGAUGCAGCGGCCACUCGGAAGCACCACCGCCUUCAGCAUCGACUCUCUGAUCGGGGGGCCCCCGCAGCCCAGCCCGGGACACUUCGUGUACACCGGCUACCCGAUGUUCAUGCCGUACCGGUCGGUGGUGCUGCAGCCGCCGCCUCCGCCGCCGCCCCCGGCUCUCCCCGCCGGCCACCACCCGCACCUGCAGGGCGGCUUCUGCUCCGGUCUCGCGCAGGGCAUGGCGCUCACCUCCACGCUCAUGGCGUCGCUGCCCGGAGGAUUCUCCCCGUCCCAGCAGCACCAUGAGGCGGCCCGCAAGUUCGGCUCGCAGGCGCUGCACGCGGUCUUCGAGAAGACGCAGGACGCGGAGGACGGGAAGAGCUUCCUGACGCACGCGAAGGAGUCCGCGGCGCUGCAGGCGUUCCACGACACGGAGACGUCCACAGAUGCUCUCCUUCCUACAGUCAGAUCUCACAGUAAAGAAGACUCGAAGGAGGAGGAGUGCGGCCGGAAGGACGAGAGCUUCUCGAUGGACAGUGACCUGGACUACAGCUCUGACGACAACCUCGCGUGCCACAAGGAGGACGGGGACGGCGGGGGGGGGCUGGACGACGGCCCGCACGUGCACGGCUCCUCCGGUAACGGCUCCGGUAGCGGCGGAGGCUCCGGUAGCGGCGGCGGGAAGAACCGGCGGCGGCGCACCGCGUUCACCAGCGAGCAGCUGCUGGAGCUUGAGAAGGAGUUCCACUGCAAGAAGUACCUGUCGCUCACCGAGCGCUCACAGAUCGCGCAUGCGCUCAAGCUCAGCGAGGUGCAGGUGAAGAUCUGGUUCCAGAACCGGCGCGCCAAGUGGAAACGGGUCAAGGCCGGGAACGUGAACAACAAGUCCGGGGAGCCGUCCCGGAACCCCAAGAUCGUGGUCCCGAUCCCGGUGCACGUGAGCCGCUUCGCAAUAAGGAGUCAGCACCAGCAGAUGGAGCAGGCCCGACCGUAGAAGAAGAGGAGGAGGACUGAGCACGUGCGGGUUCGGGGUCCAUGAGACCCGGUUCCGGGUUUAGAACUGAAGAUCUGAGCUUCUGGAUUUUAUUUGAGACGAAAUGUGAUUUAAAAACACACAUCCGGUUUGACUACAACCACGUGACGUCACGAGAAAACGUGGAGAUGAAAUGUUAGAAAAGUUCGUUAUUUAGUUUAAUUAUUACAAUAAUUCAUCUCAUCAGACUGACGUCAUGUUAGAAUAGAUCCUCACAUUAAAUAUUAAUA